AUGCGAUCCCGCACAGGCUGCCUGACGUGUCGUACCCGGAAACUUAAAUGUGACGAGCAGAAACCCGAAUGCUCGCAGUGUCGUAAAGGCGGCAGGGUCUGUCGCCCUAGCGAGGGGAUCGUCUUUCGCCAUCAGCAAAAUGCCUCGAUGAACAAGGAUCUGAGCGAUGCCUCCACCGGACGUGGCACGCUGAAGGGCUUCUACUCGUAUAAGAAUACCUUUGACAAGGACAGUGUCUGGCUCGACAUCCCCAAACAUGUCAUCUUCGUCGAUAACUCGGAUCCCUAUGCGGAAGACCUUGAAGCUGCCCUGGGAGAGUCCGAAGCCGCCAUUCUGGCCGCGAACUCUCAUGCGCGUGCCUGGAGUGCCCAGCGCACGUCGUCUACUGACGGCGAAACCCAUGGCUUAGAGACUCUUUCCACAGUGGCAGCCAACGAUCGCCUUUCUUAUCCUCCCUUGAGCAUCGACCAACAGUCCAUCCCGUCAACAGAUCACAGCUUACCCUUUAAUAAUAUCCCAUCUACAGCAUCCUCAGACACUCCAAGCCAGGUGCGCGGCGUCAUCGCACCUCAGAUCUCUCCUUCUCUCUCGAUAUCCUCCACCAAUACCCAUAAUAAUAAUAUCAACUUCCUUCUUAAUCCUUCACAAUCACGGUCACCACCUGUGGAUCCCAAUCUUCAGCACCCACCCGAGCGUAGGAGCUCAUCAUUGACCGCCAGGCCAGCCCUGCCGCGAACCACGUCUGCCGACUCGAAGUCGGAGGCGCCAGCAGAAACAGACCACGAGGUUGCAUAUCUCUUGAGACAUUUUUCAGAAGCACCAGGACUUUGGAUGGAUUUGUUCGAUUUAGGAACCUAUUUCGCAUCGUCUGUCCCGGUCAGGGCUCUCCGAAAUCCAUUGCUGAAAUACGCCGCCUGUGCGUAUGCUGCGAAGCAACUAGGUCGCAUAAAAGGGACACAAGUGUCGACCGGUGGUGUGUAUACUAGGCAUCUCGCCAACAACGUAGAUUGGUCCUGGUCUGGCGCCAAGUAUUAUGAAAAGGCCAUCCAACUCCUAAUGAAAGAACUGCAGCCGGAUAAAGGACCUCCACCGCUGAGUACCCCAGAGGCGUUUGGACAGUGGCAGGCUGCUGAGCUGUGCGAAGAUCAAGAAAACCCCCGCAAACGCAGGCGACGUUACUCGGACAGUCGGUUCUCCAAGGGGGUCCAUUCGGAUGAGAUCCUUGCCGCCACAGCCAUACUAUCUGUAUAUGAAUUUUUAGAUGCCACAGGUCCGGCGUGGAAUCGCCAUCUGAGUGGCGUGAAGUCUUUGUUGGAUGUAGCGGAGGUGGGAAUGAUGCCGGUCGAACAGCGCCAUUCCCCCGGGGGAACAGCGUUGCAGCAAACCAAGGUUUCGGGGCUCUCGAAGGCGAGAAAGGCGACUUUCUGGAACUUUGCGCGACAAGACUACCUAGCUGCCUUCAUCAAUGAGAGCCAGACAAGGUUAAACACCGACGAUCUGGUCUUGUGGACUGAGGCGGGUCUCCAGAUCGACAACAUGGGCUUUGUACGCUCCAGUAAUGCGACUGCAAUGGGCUAUCCAGACGAUGAAGAACCCAUCAAGGAAGACCUUGUUUCGAAUGGCUUAGUUUGGAUUCUCUCAAAGAUUGUUAACUUUAUCAACGCUGGUGAUAAUGUCCAGUUGAGUCACCCUGGAUCGAUAGGAGCGGGUCCUCUGGGCCUUUCACAGCAGGUAUUGCUGGAGCGAUGGUACCGCCUGGAAGCUGAACUCGAUGCCUGGUAUAACGGACUUCCUGAGACGUUCCAGCCUUGUGCCCGGGUUGAGCUUUCCAAAUUACCCCAGAACAGGGACAACCCGAAGUUUGACGCUAGCUCGCUGUCCGAGGUAUGGUAUAGCCUACCUCUGUGCUCCUCGGCGAUGCAGCAUUAUCAUAUGGCUCGUAUCCUUCUUCUCAUAAAUAAGCCGCAUGAGUCCACCAGCAGAAGGAGCACCAUUGCUGAUAGACUUAAUUCAUAUCGCUCAAUCGAGAGUGAUAUUCGAUUUCACAGCCGAGAAAUUGUGGGGAUUGCGCUGGCUUGUCCAACCGGCGCGGUCCGCAUCAAUUCCCUCCAGCCGCUGUUUGUUAGUGGUCAGUGCCUGACGGAGCCCGGAGAACGGCGGACGGUCCUUGCUUUGCUUCACGGAAUCGAAACGGAACUCGGCUGGGCAACCGAGUACCGUGUGAAUCAGUUGCUCAGAGAAUGGGGCUGGAACGAGGAUUCUGCGAAUGCGAGCGUCCACUGA